CUGCACACCAACUCUGGACAACGACCGUGCAUGAUGAAGACUAAGACACUGUUACAGUACGGACAUGAGCAUCCCAUCGUGUCGUUGUCUACGAUCUUUGUCGUUUGGAAGUCUGUCAUUUUCUUGACCGCUUUAGCCAGUCCAGGAGUCGGCUAUGACACAUGUGCCAGUCUUCUAUGGUUCGAUAAGAAUGCCACUGCACCCUUUCAGAACACCCCGGUUCAACUCCAAAGCCAAUGGCUGAAAUUUGUGAGAUGGGAUGCAAUAUAUUUUACUCACAUGGCCGAAUACGGACAUGUCUAUGAGCAGGAGUGGGCUUUUGGCAUCGGCUUGUCCUCAACAAUAUCUUGGAUUGCCAAAUUACUCGAAGGGUCGAGCAUCGUCAGCAGGUCGACCUCCUUCGCCCUGGCAGGGAUUCUGUUAUCCCAUGCAGCUCACUGGCUAGCCGUCAUCCAGUUGUGGGCGAUAGCUACCACUCUCGGUGGGAAAGGGCAGUCACAAUCUGCCAUACCAUUCGUUGCUGCGACGCUUCAUGUAUUCUCGCCAGCGGGAAUAUUCUUAUCGGCUCCAUACACCGAGAGCGUAUUUGCUUGCCUUUCAUUCUCCGGGUUCCUGGCUUUCCUGUGGGCCCAUCAAUAUUUCAACCAUGCUAGACCAUUUGCCGGAUGCUUCAAUAUGGUCAUCGCGGGCUCGGCUUUUGGGUUGGCCACUCUCAUCAGGAGUAAUGGCAUAUUGGCGGGCAUCCCAUUUCUCAUCGAAGCCGUCACUACCCUGCUUGCAUUGCUUUCUCAAGGCUUCUCCUUGACUCGAAUUGUUCGGUUGGGCUCCGUCGGCCUUGGAGGAAUCCUGGUGGCAGUUGGGAUGUUUUUGCCGCAAGUCCUUGCGUUUCAGGUAUAUUGUGCUGGCCGAAGUCCCGGAGACCGGCGUGAAUGGUGCCAGUGGACAUUGCCCUCCAUCUUCACCUUUGUUCAGUCUCACUACUGGAAUGUUGGCCCUUUUCGCUACUGGACCUUGUCAAAUCUUCCGCUGUUCCUCCUGGCUGCGCCAACCUUAUGGCUUCUGGUCCAGUCCGCUAGUGACACUCUCCGCAACCCUGAGGUGCUUCGGGGCAAGGUGGCUGCUAGUCCUUCUGCUUCUGACAGAGCGAGCAUUCACCCCAAAUUGGUCACGGCGAGUUUGGCCUUGCCACAGCUUGUGCUUUCGGUGCUAGCGUUGACAAGCUAUCAUGUCCAGAUCAUUGCACGAAUCUCUUCCGGUUAUCCCCUGUGGUACAUCUGGUUAGCAGCAAGCGCUAGGGACCGGCCGAAAUGCGCAUCUGUCAUUAUACGUUGGAUGAUUCUCUACGCGCUCAUUCAAGCUGGGCUAUAUGCAUCCUUCUUGCCGCCAGCUUGACAAAGUUGCUGUUCGCGGAUCAAUGCUGGAGUAUCAAGGGGCUUGCAACUUCGACUUCAGUCCUAUCUACAUCGUAUACAUGAAUGUUUCAUGGACUACCGACCGCCUUUAGGCCCCAUCACCUUAGUAAUAGGGCAUGGGUUUAGUCGACAUUGUGCUACUUCUCAACCGACUUCACCUUCACCCUGAUACCUUUGGUGUCCAGCUUCACUGUCGGCACAAAGUAAUCAUGAGCAAGAAUUGUAUCCGACACGUCGGUCUCAUACAACUCGAAAGAAAAUUUCCUGAAGACAGCUGCAAGACCCAUGUACAAUACCGCCUGGGCAAGACUGCUACGUGUCAGCAUACAAGAUGAUGAGGGCUGGAAGAAACGUACUUCAGACCAAUACACGACCUGGCACCUUUCCCGAAGCCGACGAAAUACCUGUCCAGACUCUGACCAUCUUUUGUCGUCGGAUUAUUCAGCCAGCGCUCGGGGAUGAACGAUCGUGACUGUGGGAAGACCUCUUCAUCGUGGUUCAUGUCCACAAUCGUCAUGGAAACCGGCGUACCGGCCGGGAUUGUCCAUUCCUUGUACUUCAAGUCUGUCCGUGCUACGCGAGGCAGACGUGAUGCGAUGCCAUAGGCUAGGCGAAUCCCUUCUUUGAUACAUCCAUUCAAAUAUGGCAGGUG